AGGUCAUAAAUAGUAAUAAACCAACUCGUUGCUAUAUAAAGAACAUGGUAUGUUGAUCAAAAGUCAUCAGUCUUUUACAAGAAAGCUUCACUCACCAAUCCAACAUGCAGUUUGUUUUUAUUCUUCUCGCAUCCGUUGUCGUCACCGCCGUUUCAGCUCAAUCUUACGAAUAUAAACCCAGUUAUCCUGCAGCUGGUUACAAGGACGAUUACUAUUCGGCUCCGGCUAAAUACAAUUUUGGAUAUACGGUAAAGGACGAUUAUUCUUACGUCGACUUUGGCCACAACGAAAACCGCAACGGUGAAAAAACAAAGGGACAAUAUUAUGUUGUUCUCCCUGAUGGUCGUCGUCAGGUGGUCAACUAUGCUAUUGAUGGUUAUUCCGGCUAUGUCGCAGAUGUUAAAUAUGAGGGAAACUACAAGCCGGCGUAUAAACCAAUCUACGCGCAUCAGACGGAAUACAAACCAACAUAUCAUCAGAGUUACAUACCCAAACAUUAAGACUUAAUUUUAAUUAGUGGUUAACUAUAGAUGCAGAGCAUGAACAAUGUGAAUAGGAAAUUAUGCCAUGAUUUCAAGUGAAUGAAUAACAAAUAAAUAUUAGUUAUAUGAACAGUUGAAAUAGUGAGAAAGUCAUUGCCA